GAUGCGAGAAUUAUAUCCGUAUGACUUUCCCAAUUGCAAAAGGAAGUUUCUCGUAUGCUAAUCAUCUUCUAUAAAUAGGAAAGCUCAUUUGUGUUGUAUAAUUUCCUUAAUGGCGGAUCAUGUUAUUGUAAAAUUGUAACUGAUAAUCCAAUUCAAAACCCUGAAAUCAAUUCAACCCUUUGUCAAUCUCUCUCCUCAAACCCUAACAAAAAAAAUCCCCAAAUCAAUUGAAAUCAAUUGUCCCGUUAAUCCCACAAAACGAUGAGUACCAGUAGAAUGGCAACCCCUUCAAUCACUCAAACCCAAACCCUAACCCUUGAAACCCCAUCAUCGAAUCAACAACAACCGGAAACCCUAGUUCUUCGUCUGAAUCGCAAGAAGAAGGUCUCCUGGAAAGAAGGCACUGUCAACAACGAAUUUAUGAACAAAAAGAGCUCCAAGAAAUGCUGUAUUUUUCACAAGGAGAAACCCUUCGAUGAAGAUAACAGUGAUGACGAAGAGGAUCAUGUUGCUGAUAAAUCUAAUGGUGAUAAACACCAUGACCAUGACCAUGGUUGUUGCUCAAAUGAACCCGGUUCGAGCAGUAGCGUCGCUCAUUGAUUUUGUGCAAGCGAUCUAUUGUUCUUGUUGUCUUUGAUCGUCAGGUAUAGAUUAGCAUUUUUAUGAUGUGUUGCUUAAAAGCUUUGAAUUUUGAAUUUAAUGAGAAUUCAGGUGUUGCUAUAUUGUGUAUAUGAUUAACAUUGUUGGAUGAUUUAGGCUCUACAUACAUGUUCUGUGUUUUAAUAUAGUUUAGUUUGAGCUUAA